ACGCAUAAUCUUUACUGUACAUGAAUAAUCAGUUUCUGAUUAUUUGAUCUUUGAUCACCACGGAUAUGAUUGUUAAUUGAAUUAUAUAUGCAUAAAUCUAUACAUAUAUGUAUGUUUUUCAACUUCAUGACUCAACUGCAUCGACCAGCUUCGUCUUGAUUAAGACAUUUGAAGGUAUUCUGUUUGGCCACUGAUGUUUUUGAGUCAAUAUUGUGAUACACAUCAUAAGUACAGAACAAAUGCCAUCACUACAGAUGAAGAUGAAGUCAACCAUGGGGUGUUUGAGAGAAAAGAAUGGCCUCCAUGUAUGUCAAAAAUCCAGCAAGAUUUCCAAGAACUCUUCAUCACAUAUCAGGAGUUUCCAACAAGAAGCUCAACUUGAGACUUGUAUUUCUAACAAACACGAUGCAGAUUCUUUCUGCAGUGAAGCAACUAUGCAGGAAAUUAGAAGCGAUGAAACUAACUGUUGUGAACAUCUAGAAGAAGAAAGUAUUCAGGAUCAUACACAAGCUAACUGCUGUUCAGCCAUAGAAACUAUCUUUUCACCUAACCCAGAGUCCAAUGACAAUGAGAGUGAAGCAACUGCAUCCAAUAAUGGAGGGAGUGAAAAAGACAUUGAAGUGGCAUCAUCAGGAGAUGAAGAUAGAAAUUCAUGUGAAUAUCAAAGUUGUAAUGUCUCAGAUUUCUUCAUCUCAGACAUGUCUGUUUCUAGUCCACCCAUUGAAAGGAGCUCUUCAUCAUAUGGCAUUACAGAAGCUACAUGUUUGCCUGAUUAUGGAUGUGAUGAAUCAAACAUAUUUUUCGAUGAUGAUUACAUGAUACUUCCUUUUCUUGAAGACAGCAUUGACACUUGCAACAAGGAGGAGGAUGACAGCAGAAACAGUUUAGAACCUGUCAUGGUUUCAGAAGAAUCAAGCUUAUACUUAGCAAUUCAUCAGCUGAGAUCAUGCAAUCAGGAGAUUGAAGUUAAUAAUUAUCCUGAAUGGGAUCCUGCUGAAUGUUUGGAUCCACAAAUGUUUGUUAAAAAUCUGCCUGACCUUUCAGAAGUUGAAAGAAAAACUGUCACAUUAGCACUUGAUUUAGAUGAAACACUGGUGCACUCUUCAUUGGAACACUGUGAUGAUGCAGACUUCACAUUUUCGGUAUAUUUUGAUCUCAAAGAACAUACUGUGUAUGUAAAGCAGAGGCCUUACCUUAGAGAGUUCUUGGAAAGAGUAUCAGAAAUGUUCCAAAUUGUGGUGUUCACAGCAAGUCAGAGCAUUUAUGCAAAACAACUUCUUGACAUAUUGGAUCCAGAUGGAAAAAUCAUCUCUCAUAGGGCGUAUAGAGACUCAUGUAUUUUCACAGAUGGAAUUUACACCAAGGAUUUAACAGUUUUAGGUGUUGAUCUUGCCAAAGUUGCCAUAAUUGACAACUGCCCACAGGUUUUCCAGAUGCAAGUGAAUAACGGGAUUCCAAUAAAGAGUUGGUUUAAUGAUCCAUCAGAUUGUGCAUUAAUUACACUUCUGCCCUUCCUAGAGACACUAGCAGAUGCUGAAGAUGUUCGUCCAAUAAUUGCCAAGAGAUUCGGUAACAAGGAAUAAGUGCCCACCCCACCCCUUGUUUCUCAUAAUAUUUCACGUAACACCUCUUUCCAUUUUCCAAAAAAAAAAUUAGAUGCUUAAUAUAAUUAUCCAUACAAUAAAACAUUGUUGGCACAUUGUCACCCAUGAUGUUUUGUCUAAUUUCUGUUUUCCAGUGUACAGUUAUAGAAUCUAUUAAAAGUGUGAUUUUACUA